UGAAGGGAACUGGAUCGAGAAGGAUGAGCAGAGGAGAAAGCUAUGGCGGAGGACAAAGUUCUUUGGGGUAUCUGUUUGGGUCAGAGGAGCAGCCAAAGGAAUCAGCUCCUUCAAAGAAAGUGUCACUUCCACCAUAUGGCAUUGAUAUGCCUUCUAACACUGAUCAGAUCUUUCACAAUAAGCUUGCCCUUUCUCCUUCUUCAAGCCAAAAUCCCCAACACGUCUCCAACGCUUUUUCCCGAGCUCAUGGCCAACAUGCGGGAACCUUCCCCACUGAUCGCCCUUCCACCAAAGUCAAAUCAGUUCCUGGAGGAGAUUCCUCUCUUGGGUAUUUGUUUGGAGAUAAGUGAUCAUAAUCUUUCUCCCAAGAUAUUGCAGCUUUUGGGAUAAUCACUCACAAAAUCACGGCCAUCAUACAUAUGUAUGCCUAAUUUUAGGAUGAGAAAAAGCGAGUGAAAUAAGGGAUUAAUCGUGUCCUCUUGUCGUCAUUGGGGUUGCUUGUUUUCAGAAGAUGGUGUGUGCAGUUAAAAACUUAAAAUCAGUCAGACCAAAUACAAGUCUUAUUUCGGUGUGGAUCUUUACCGUUCCGUAUAUGUUAUCUAGCAAAAAAAU